AUGACCAUCAGAGUACCCAGCCACCUGGUUCGGGGACCUGCGCCGGCGAGCGCACAAGAAACCACCGAUGAGCCUUUAACGCCGCCGGUCUCAACGGGUACUAAUCUUCAAAAGUCUUCAGACGAAGGUCCCAACGAGAGCAAGGAAAGAUUCGUGGAUGUUUCCACAACUUUCUUUCCCGGAAUGACAAGCCAUCCUACGGAUAUCAUCCUUAUCUCGUCUGAUAACGUUCAAUUCCACGUUCAUCUCAACGUGCUUUACGACGCAUCAAGUAAUGGUUUUGCAUCCUUGCUCGCCACUCGGAGCACCGCCACCCAGCCAGAUCCUGGAAUUCCCAUCUUAAAUAUUCCAGAGCAAUCAGACAUUCUGAACGUCGUGCUCCUGACGAUUUAUGCUUUCAAUGUCCUGGUCGCAGCAGUAGACGAGCUCGAAAAGUACGGAAUCCAACCUAACCGCUACGUAAAGCCUACCCAACCACUAUUUGAACUCAUUCGUUUUCAUAUGCCUCUUCAUCCCCUCGACGUCUACCGGCUUCCUUCGCACCUUCUCUCCGCCAAGCUUGAUACAAUCACAGAGGAACAGGCCAUGCGCAUGGGAGCUGUUUACCUCAAGCGCCUCUAUGAUCUUCAUAGUAGGCGAAUAGAUGCUCUCAAAAAUAUAUUGAUCCGGCCUCCGAAACCUCAUCUCUCGAUCCCUACCUGCAGUGUCUCAGACCAGACUGGAAUUUCCAGGGCAUGGGCCCUGUCUGCCGCCUACCUCAUCUGGGACGCCCGACCCGACAUGUCCGUUAGAUACAUCGAGUCCACUAUGGGCGCGUUGAAGCAGCACGUGUCCUGUGAAGAUUGUAAAGAGAGCAUCGAUGCCCAAGUCAAGCAGUGCGUCGUGGACUGGUCCUCCAUGAAGGUUAGUCCGUUAUUCAUCUCCCGGAACGCUUACUAA